AUGUGGAGCAGGCUGACGGGCGCUUCAGCGGCAUCGCAGACCAACAAGGACGACGACCCUCGCCGCCGCCGCUCCAUCGACUCCACGCGUUCCAAGCGCGACCGGGACAGAGACCCAGACACCCGCUCCCUCGUCUCGUCCACAUCGACCCGCAAGCCCUCCAGCUCCCGCCGCGACACGGCUGCCUCGUCGACGGCCUCGUUCAGGACCGCCCUCGACGACAUGGCGCCGCGCCCGCGGGCCCCCUCGGGCUUCGCCCCAAACACCGACCUGCACAACAACAACAGCAACAACGACGACGACCGCUACGACCGCCGCCGCGACGACCGUCGCAGCAGCUAUGCAGAGUCGUCCGCCUCCACCAUGCGCGACGACCGGGACAGGAAAAAGAGCAAAGACAAGGACCGCAAGACGGAGAGGCGCCGCUCGACGCGCUCCGAGCGGGCCUCGAGCCUGUCGCAGUCCGAUGGCUACCGCGGCGACAUUGUCGAGAGCCCCAAGUCGGUCCAGCGCAGCUUCAGCGGCCAGAUUGGCACCGAUGGCUUCUCGCAGUUUCCCGGCCAGGCAGGAGCGCCCAUCAUGUCCGGCGCUCUGCCUGUGGGAGCCAACGGCCCGCCACUGCCCUCAUCACAACAACAAUCACCCUCCCCACAACACCCGCAAUACCACCGCCCCGACGCCAUGUCGAGCCACGUGCAGAGCCAAUUCCCUGGCCAGGACCCUGCCCAGUAUGCUUCGGGUGCCUUGCCCGGCGGCCAUCCUUUUGGCGCCGCCGCCGACUACUACAAUGACCAGGGCCAGUCCGUCAGUCAACAGCCGGGCGUUCGCCCGCAGCCACCGUCGGUUAUCGUUGGCCAGGACACGCCCCAUCUCAUGGCUGCUUCUGCACAACCCAAUCCCGCUGCCGACACGGGCUCAGGCGCCGCUGCAGAGUUCUACGCGCAAAGCACCAGCGCGCCGUCGUCGUCCAAGCCUCCACGGCCCUCGAGCUCGUCCAUGCCCGGAGCCUUCAUCGAGGACACGCCCGCGCCCCAGAAGCCGCCGCGCCCAGCAUCCUCGUCCAGGCCGGACAAGCCAAGCACAUUUGGAUCUGCUGCGACCAUGGCCGGCGGCGCCGCCCUAGGAUACGCCAUGGGCCACAGCUCUUCUAGUCACGAGCACUCCACGACCUACCACAGCUCGUCCAAUGCUCGCCCUCCUUCUGCAUACUCUUCAUACUCUAAUAAUACCCCUGCUGCCCCUGCAUCCAUCUACAACAUGUACGGAAACGGCCCUAAUUCCUCUAAUUCUGCUGCCAACAACGGCAACUACCCUCCCUCGUACGGCGAAGGCACACACGGUGUGGAAGGCACGCCUCCGCCAAAGCCCCCUCGUCCAAGCAAGCCCGAAAAGUCUUCAUCCGGCAGCAAUACCGGGCUCUACGCCGCUGGCGCUGCGGGAUUGGCGGCGUAUGGUCUACACCAGCAUAAUUCACACACGCACUCGAAUUCACAAUCACAAACACACUCACACACACAUUCACACGCACAUUCACACGCACAAUCGCACGCCUCCUCACAUAACCACUCGACAUCCGGCGCUCCCAAUGGACAUCAUCAAAACGGGAUCGCGUCAAGCAGCUACGUCUCAGGCGGCAUGGCACAGCACCACCAGCACACCGGCCCCGUUUCCCGAUUCGUCGAUUGGUGGAAGGACUACGAGGAUGUGCAAAAGAUGGAAGAGUACACCGAGUACAUUGGUGUCUGCAAAGGCUGCUUCGACCCCCGCUCCUCUGUCCUAGAUGCCCCACGGAAGCACCACUACUACAAGCGCCGUUCCAGCGAGUACAUGCGGCCUUCUGGCGGCAUUGAGAAAUCAUCGCGCUACAAUUUGAAGGAGAAGAAGUCUCAAAGCUCCAUCUCGGGCGAAGACAGACGCAAGACAAGCAACAGCCGUGUUGAAUGCGGCCCGCGAUGA